AGAAAUAUAAUUAAUUAAUUAAUUAGUACUCCGUAUAUAAACAAAGCACAAGCUACAAGCACGCAUUGUGAUCAUCGUCUUUACAAAUCAAGACUCAUUCAUAUUUUCCGCUCUCAAAAGCUCACAGUCUUUGCAUUACAGAACAGUCACAGGAAUAGUGUGAAAAAUGGGGAGUUUAGGAGCGAUGUUGAAGCAUCCGGACGACGUUUACCCGCUGAUUAAGCUGAAGAUUGCGGCGAGGCAGAUCGAGAAGCAGAUCCCGCCGCAGCCUCACUGGGGAUUCUGCUACACCAUGCUCCAGAAGGUCUCUCGAAGCUUCGCUCUCGUUAUCCAGCAGCUCCCUAUCGAGCUUCGCGACGCCGUGUGUAUUUUCUAUUUGGUUCUUCGAGCACUUGACACUGUUGAGGAUGAUACAAGCAUAGCCACAGAAGUCAAAGUACCUAUUCUGAUAGAUUUUCAUCGUCACAUAUAUGACCGUGAAUGGCAUUUCCUGUGUGGAACAAAGGACUACAAAGUUCUCAUGGACCAGUUCCAUCAUGUUUCUACUGCUUUUCUGGAACUUGGGAAAAAUUAUCAGGAAGCAAUUGAGGAUAUUACCAUGAGGAUGGGUGCAGGGAUGGCAAAGUUUAUAUGCAAGGAGGUUGAAACAAUUGAUGAUUAUGAUGAAUAUUGUCAUUAUGUUGCUGGGCUUGUUGGAUUAGGCUUGUCAAAACUUUUUCAUGCCUCUGGGACUGAGGAUUUAGCUUCAGAUUCUCUCUCGAAUUCUAUGGGUCUGUUCCUUCAGAAAACAAACAUUAUUAGGGAUUAUCUGGAGGAUAUUAAUGAGAUACCAAAGUGUCGAAUGUUUUGGCCCCGGCAAAUUUGGAGUAAAUAUGUCAACAAACUUGAGGAGUUGAAAUAUGAGGAGAACUCAGUGAAAGCAGUACAAUGUCUGAAUGAUAUGGUCACAAAUGCUUUAUCACAUGUAGAAGACUGUUUGACUUACAUGUCUGCUCUACGAGAUCCUUCUAUCUUUAGGUUCUGUGCUAUUCCACAGAUCAUGGCGAUUGGGACAUUAGCCAUGUGCUACAACAACAUUGAAGUCUUCAGGGGUGUUGUAAAGAUGAGACGUGGUCUUACUGCUAAGGUUAUUGACCGGACUAGGACAAUUGAAGAUGUCUAUGGUGCUUUUUUUGAUUUUUCGUGCAUGCUAAUAUCAAAGGUUGACCACAAUGAUCCAAGUGCUUCCAAAACUUUGAAGAGGCUUGAAAUAAUAUUGAAGACUUGUAGGGACUCUGGAACCUUGAACAAGAGGAAAUCAUACAUUUUGAGGGCUGAGCCUAAUUAUACUCCUGCUCUGAUUGUUGUCUUCUUUAUCAUUCUGGCUAUUCUUCUUGGAUAUCUUUCUGGGAACAAACCUCAUUCUUUGUGAUUGCUUACCAUUAGUAGUUAAAAAGAAGUUCGUCCAAGAAGAAAAACUUAAUGACCCACAACAUUGGCUCUUGUCUUUAAGGUAUUAUGAUGUUGUCUACAUAUAUGCUUAAUGGUGAUGUUAGCACUCUAUUAAUCAACAACUGUUUGCGAUUUGGCUGUCAAGUUCUUGUCUGUGGGGAAAUGAAGCCAGAUGAUAGAACCAUAUGGUCUUAGUUUGGUUUCUUUGUACUUUUCAAAAAAAAAAAGUCGUUUUAAUUUUUGUAAAGCCACAUUUACUUGAUUUGAAAAUAAAGGAGUAAAGUGGGUAAGUAACAUUUUGAAUUAAAAAUUUAUAUUAAAUUAAUGGCUUAAACGUCCAUUUUGUUUUGUUUAA